CUGUCACUUUCAGAUCUACUCUUACUCUCUCUUACUGCUGUUCACGAUUUCACAACCAUGAUGUGUGGAACUGCAAAAACGGCAAGACUGGGAGCUGGACAUUUCAGCUGUAGCUGUGGAAAUCAGCUGAGGCAUUGUUGGAAAUAGAACAUCCAGCGUUGUACAGGUGGUCGUGCUGUUUUGGAAUUACAUCUGAAAGCAAACUUCAGCGGAGCCCUCUAACUGGCAUUUACCCACUGACCCCAGCGGAGCCAGUCAGGACGGACCCACCAAAAAUCACAAAAUUGCUGUCACUCCCUUACCUGGUGUCCACGCAUAGUGAGUCAAGGAGCAGUAGAGCAACAGGGUCACACCUGUGCUGGUGGAGGUCCAUUGGGACAACUGAUCUGUGGGUGCUCACAUGUUAUGAGCUCUUGUUGGCCCGCUCCCUGCUCUUCAGCAUUACAGAAGAUCUGGGCCCAAGUACUGCCCUCCUUGUCUAUUGCUGCCUUGCCAGAAGUGGGCGCUGGACAAACAUGGGCUGAGUUCUCAUAGCCUCACAUCUCAUAGCGAUGGUGAAGUCCAGAAAAUCCCUUUAGAGGCAGCAGAUCUCUUCUCUUUUCCAACUGUCAGUGGCUCAACACCACCAAACCAUCAGCCAAUAAAUCUAUGAGGCCAGAGUCGAAGCUGAGAGGGAGGCUAAGCACCAGGAGUUGGGUUUCCCUGUUGGAGUGGAGUGGACCCUCGAGAAUCCUUCACCCUGAAAAACCAGUGGAGAAACACCUCAAUAAUCACAUUUGACUGUAGCUCUAAUCCCCAAACAUCUGACACAAUUGCACCUAACACAGGCGAGUGAUGCACAGUGCAAGCGGUGUGUGUGUGUAGUGUGAGCGAGAGCCAUCGGUGUGUGUGUGUGUGUGUGCUUGUGUGUGUGUGUCUGGAGAGAGAGAGAGACAUAGAACGAGCCCCUAACACGGAGCAUGCCUCUGCGUCCGGCAGCCGGCAAACAUGAGCCACCCAGCCCUCCACAGCAGGACCAGCAGCAGCAGCGGCACACUCACACACACUCACACCACACACACACACACCCUUACACACACGCAGCAAACGGCAGCCAGGGGGCCAGCACUGACAGCGGCAGCUCCCGGGAAGAGGACAGCGGCGUUCCCAUUCCUGCCGGUGUUCCGGCUUUCCGUCCCGGUGCAGAGCGGAGCCACAGUGCAAGAGCACCCAUGGAGGAGCCGACAGGCAACACCGUGGUCAUCCGCAUUGGAAUCCCAGACCUUCAACAGACGAAAUGUAUGAAAUUCAAUGUGGACGCUCCUAUUUGGCUGUCCAAGCAGCGGAUCCUGUGUACUCUCAACCAGAGCCUGAAAGAUGUACUCAACUAUGGCCUAUUUCAACCAGCUUACAACGGCAAAGCUGGCAAGUUUCUGGAUGAGGAGAGACAGCUAAGGGAAUAUCCCUUCCCAUCCAUCGCUCCUGUACCUUACCUGGAGUUCCGCUAUAAAAGACGUGUCUACACCCAGACUCACCUGGAUGAAAAGCAGCUGUCUAAGCUCCACACCAAGGCUAACCUGAAGAAGUUUAUGGAGUACAUGCAGCAGAGGAACAUUGAAAAAGUCUCAAGGUUCCUGGAGAAAGGCCUGGACCCCAACUUCCAUGAUCCAGACACAGGAGAAUGUCCUCUAACACUGGCAGCACAGCUGGAGGGAUGUGCAGAGCUCAUCAAGGUGCUGAAGAGUGGAGGGGCACAUCUGGACUUCAGAACAAAAGAUGGCAUUACUGCCCUACACAAGGCCGUGCGCAGCAAGAACCAUACAGCGCUUAUAACGCUGUUAGACUUGGGGGCAUCGCCUGACUAUAAAGACAGUAGGGGGUUGACUCCUCUCUACCACAGCUCGAUGGUAGGAGGAGACCCCUACUGCUGUGAGCUGCUGCUGCAUGAUCAUGCACAGGUCGGCUGUGUGGAUGAGAAUGGCUGGCAGGAGAUACACCAGGCAUGCCGCUAUGGUCACGUGCAACACCUGGAACACCUGCUGUUCUAUGGAGCUGAUAUGAGUGCCCAGAAUGCAUCUGGAAACACCGCCCUGCAUGUGUGUGCUCUCUACAACCAGGAUAGCUGUGCACGAGUUCUCCUGUUCCGGGGAGCCAAUAAAGAGAUAAAGAACUACAACAGCCAGACCGCCUUUCAGGUGGCUAUUAUAGCAGGAAACUUUGAUCUGGCUGAAAUCAUAAAGGUCCACAAAGUAUCAGAUGUCGUGCCUUUCAGGGAGACCCCCUCCUACACCAACCGCCGACGUGCGAUUCCUGGCCCCCUGCCCUCGCCACGUUCCUUGCUCCGCUCCGCAAGUGACAACAACCUGAACGGGGACCAUGAUCACCUCCACAGUCAGGCCCCCAGAGAAAUGCGUGGCCGUCAGGGUCACUCCCCUGUCCCCUCACUGCGCAGUCUGCCAGCUUUUGGGCAGCAGCACAGCAGCCUUGGAGAGAGCCGUCAUGGAGAGAUCCCUGACAGCAGUCUCCAGAGUACAGGCAGCUCCAGGUCCUCCCAUUCCCGCUCGCCUUCGCUACAUCACAUGCAUGAAGACGAUAAGCCAAUUGCCAGACGGUCCCACAGCCAUGGCUACCCUCACGGACAUGGCCAUCGUGGAAGGCUCAGCCCCGGCUCAGUGCAGCGAGACCCAAGCCCCCCUCAUCACACCCCUCCAGCGCUGACGGGCCCCCGCGGGCCCAAGCGGAAACUCUACAGUGCUGUCCCAGGACGUACCUUCAUUGUGGUCAAGCCCUACACGCCACAGGGGGAGGGAGAGAUCCAACUCAACCGUGGAGAGAGAGUCAAAGUGCUGAGUAUAGGGGAAGGAGGUUUCUGGGAAGGCACGGUCAAAGGGAGGACAGGCUGGUUCCCAGCAGACUAUGUGGAAGAAGUUCAGAUGAGGCAGUAUGACCCACGGCUUGAGACUCGGGAGGACCGCACUAAAAGACUGUUCAGACACUACACUGUGGGAUCCUACGACAACUUCACCUCAUACAGUGACUAUAUCAUAGAGGAGAAGAAUGCUGUUUUACAGAAGAAAGAAAAUGAGGGGUUUGGCUUUGUCCUGCGGGGAGCAAAAGCCGAGACGCCCAUUGAGGAAUUCACCCCCACCCCAGCGUUCCCUGCCCUUCAGUACCUGGAGUCUGUGGAUGUGGAAGGAGUGGCCUGGAGGGCUGGUCUGAGGACAGGAGACUUUCUCAUUGAGGUAAAUGGAGUGAAUGUAGUGAAGGUGGGCCAUAAGCAGGUGGUGUCCUUGAUUCGGCAAGGGGGCAACAGGCUGCUGAUGAAGGUGGUGUCUGUCACACGCAAACCUGAGUCUGAGGAAGUCGUUCGCAAGAAAGCACCCCCGCCACCCAAAAGAGCUCCCAGCACCACCCUGACACUUCGCUCUAAGUCCAUGACCGCUGAGCUGGAAGAACUGGCUUCUGCUCGGAGGAGAAGAGGAGAGAGACUAGAUGAGAUGUUGGCAUCCCAGGAGUCUAUGUUGCGUUCUCAGCCUUCAGAGACAGAUUACAGAGCAGCCACUGUCAAACAACGGCCUACCAGCAGGAGAAUAACACCAGCAGAGAUCAGUUCACUGUUUGAGAGACAAGGGAUGACUCUACAUGGAGGUCUUCACCCAGGCAUUGAGAGAGGUCACAUACCACUACCAAAGGGGAUGUCCAGGACCAAGUCUUUUGGUGCCACUGAGGAGGAUCGGCUGUCUGCCCUUGCAGGCGAGCACAGAUUUCCCCGCAGUUCCUCUAUGACAGACAGCCUUCGAGACCACUCACAGCCCCAUCCCAUUCCUCCACCGCCACAAAUGGCACCUCCUCCUCCUCCCUACUACCUUGACACUGGUCCUCCCCCAGCUUUCUGUCCCCCUCCUCCCCCAUCUAGGACCCAAAGUCAGGGCCAUGAGCCUGGAGGACGCUCCAGCUUCAAACCCUCCUCCUUGGACCUACCUUACGAGGCCGCUCAGCGGCAGGCCACACACAUUGAGAGACAGAAGAAAGCCCGCUCCAUGAUCAUCCUCCAGGACUCUUCUCAUCUACCUGUAGAGCCCACAGAAAUUCCCCGUCCUUCUGCUGCUACACCACCUGAGCGAAUCAAAAGGAAGGGUCGGGUUAUUGACAACCCUUAUGCUAAUGUAGGUCAAUUUAGCAUUGGACUGUACACACCCACCAAACCCCAGAGGAAGAAAAGUCCUCUGGUGAAACAACUACAGGUGGAAGAUGCACAAGAAAAAGCUAGUUUGGCCUUAGCUGCUGCCCACUCCAGAGAGAGCUCACCCUCAGGACGACACCCACAUACUCAUGGGCACACACACACCAGCCGUGCAGACUACUACCAGCAGCAGCUGAUGGCUGAGCGAGAGCGUAUGCGUGCCCAGGGAGAGAUGAUGUUUCAGGGUAAGGGUCCCUUCGCUGCUGCGAUUGCUGGAGCGGUGAAAGAUCGUGAGCGUCGCCUAGAAGAACGGAGGAAAUCCACUGUCUUCCUUUCUGUUGGGACCAUGGAAGGGGCGUCCACCACCAGCUCUGACGCCCCCUCUCUGACUCAGUCUCACUCCAUUGAUGAACGAAUGCUCACCCGAGAGCUGGGACAACUGCCUCCCCCGGCCUUGGCCCUGAGCCCCUCACCUAGUGGGACCACCUUUAUCCAUCCGCUCACAGGAAAGCCCCUGGACCCCAACUCUCCACUGGCUCUUGCGCUGGCCGCAAGAGAGAGGGCACUGACCUCUCAGUCCCCAACUAGUAGCCCAGAGCCCAGGACUAAACAGGAGCGAGCAGGCCAGGGCGUAAUAUUCACUGACCCUCAGACCAAAGAGUCUCCACAUGGGGAAGGGGCACACACACCUCCCCCUUUCUCGCCCAGUGGCGCCAAGGCUGCAGGGUAUGGAGUUCCCCCAGCAUCUGUUUUAGUUCCCCAGCCCACUAAACCCCAGUGGGCCACAUCACCAUCACCUGUAUCAUUCCGGCAGGAGAUGGAGGCCAGAGUAGAGGAGAGAAAGGAGGAGAAGAGACUAGAGGAUAAAAAAAGUAUGUUGAUCAGUAUUAUGGAUACGUCGCAGCAGAAGACAGCAGGGCUAAUCAUGGUCCAUGCUACCAGUAAUGGCCAGGCAGUUGGCGUGGGUUCAGAACUAGAACAGACACUCGCCCCAACAUCCACAGAGCCCAGCAAAUCUCCAAGUCCACGGGCUAAAUCCCCUAGUCCCACAGUCUCCCAGCCCCAGGCCCAGGCCCAGCUCCAGGCCCAGCCUCAAAGUCAGCGUCCUGCCAGUCCAGCCCAGGACAAGAGUCUGGCUCAGGGAAGUUCAGAGGAGGAUGUGGAUCCGUACACAGUGACCCUGCCCCCUGCAAUGUUGUCCUCCAGUGAUGAGGAAACAAGAGAGGAGCUCCGUAAAAUUGGAGUUGUUCCACCACCGGAUGAGUUUGCUAAUGGGCUGCUGGCUCAGGCACAGGGGACACCAGUGUCCCCAACUAAACCUGCCCACUCUAUCACUACCCCUACAACACUAACACCCCAAACUCCCACAACCCCAACUGUGACCUCCACCCAGCCUCAGCCCCCACCUCCAUCCAGUGCAGCAGCUGUCUCAGGGAAGCCCUCUGACCCUCUGGAGCCCCCACCGGUAGGUGAGUCUGGCUCUGCGGCUGACUCAGGCGUGGAGGAGGCUGAUACCCGCAGCUCCAGUGAGAGAGAGCGAGACCACCACCUCGAGACCACCAGCACCGUCUCCACAGUUUCCAGCAUGUCCACACUGUCCUCAGAAAGCGGCGAGCCUGCCGACACACACACCACGCACACCUCCUAUGCCGACGGGCAGACCUUUGUGCUCGACAAGCCGCCAGUGCCUCCCAAGCCCCGGCUCAAGUCCCAGAUAGGAGGCAGUAAAGGCCCCGUCACCUUCAGGGACCCUCUGCUGAAGCAGAGCUCUGACAGCGAGCUGCUAUCACAACAACAGGCUGCUGCCCUGGCUGCUGCUGCAGCUGGAGGAGUUGGGCUGCCCUCAGGUGGUUCAGCGUCAGUGACUGGACUAGCCCCCACCAAGCCACGCUACCUCUUCCAGCGGAGGUCCAAGCUGUGGGGGGACCCAGUGGAGCCUCGUGGGCCGGUGGGGCUAGGUAUUGGGAGUUUGGGCAAUCUUGGUGGGCUGGGACUUGGGCUGGGUGCAGAUGAGGGAGCAAAACCAUCUGUUAUGGGGGAACUCAGUUCACGACUACAGCAGCUAAAUAAAGACACUAGGUCAUUGGGAGAGGAACCAAUGGGAGCAUCACUUGACCCUGGGAGGAAGUCACCAGUGGCAGGUGCCAGACUUUUCAGCAGCCUAGGCGAGCUCCACACCAUUUCUCAGAGAAGUUAUGGCACCACAUACACCAUCCGCCCCGGCAGCCGUUACCCCGUCACCCGACGCACUCAAAGCCCAGGUUCAGGCUCUCCUGAUCGGGGCGACCCUCUUGGACGAUUCUCAAGCUACGGCCUACCGACCUCACCGACUACACCGCCACAAACCAUCCUCAAAUCCUCUAGCCUCAGCCUACCCCAGGAGCCUAAAGAGGUCCGCUUUGUAAUGAGGAGCUCCAGCGCCCGUUCCCGCUCUCGCUCCCCAUCCCCGUCACCUUCCCAUUCCCCUGGGCUGGGCUCACCACUUUUAGCCCUCCGGCCCUUCCACCAGAAACCCCUGCACCUCUGGAAUAAGUACGAUGUUGGAGACUGGCUGGAGAGCAUCAAUCUGGGGGAGCACAGAGCAGGGUUUCAGGAACAUGAGAUCGAAGGCUCUCACCUCCCGGCUCUAACCAAGGAUGAUUUUGCUGAGCUGGGAGUGACACGAGUUGGACACCGCAUGAACAUUGAACGAGCACUAAAACUGCUGCUAGAGAGCUGACCCCUGCCCUGAGACAAAGCAACAGAUGGAUAGAAAGAUUUGAGAAAAGGGAAAAGCUGGGGACCGCUCGUCUUUUACUCGCUGAUUUUAUGUUCUGCAUCACAAAUGUUUACCUGUGGUCCUUAGCAACACUUCACGUUCCCAUUCUGCAUUAACACCCAACACUUGGCACUGCACUGAAGAGGAGGAGUCAAUACAUUCGUCCGCCUCUACUCAGCCCUUAGUGUCUGCCCAUCUCCUUGCCUGCAGUUAAUUAGAUCAGACCUCAAAAUGGGCUCUGGACUUUCUUUGCCGAGGAGAAUCGCAUGAGCUCCAAUUAAAACAUUUGAUUUGUGAAAGCUUCAGUUGUUCCCUUAGUAACACCCACACUUUCUCUCACACUAUUCCCUCCUCUCCUCUCUACCUCUAUCCCUCCAUCUAUUAGGCCUCUGAAAGCCUUUAGCAGUUUGAGUAAAGGAGGAGGAGGAUGAAUUUUCGUUCCAAACAGAAAGCUCAGUUGCCUUUCAAAAUAUUUAUACAGAGAUCAGCGAUGAUGAACACUGGACUUUGGACUGCUCUGAAAAGGUGCGUCUUCUCUUUUCCUGCUGUUGUUUUUAAACCGAAGACUCUGGAGCCCAGAGGUGGAGCUCUACAAAGUAAACCACGGGAGAAACCCCCUCUGCCUUGGUACCCAGACUGUACUAUCUAUUAUAUUUGGAGAAUGUUUAACCAACACUCGUGGCUUUUUUCAUAAUCAAUAUUUUGGUUUUCCAAAGGGAAUAUUAUAUAUAUAGGUAUUAUAUAAUAUGAUAUAUAUGUAUCUAAAUAUAGCUUUCAGAAGAAAAGACAAUGUUGCAAAAAGGAAUUAUAAUAAAUUAAUCUGCGCCUGUUUUUGGUUUUUAGUAUAGAAGGCAGAGAGAAAUCUUUAAAUUUAUUCCACCAAUAGUUUACUCAUUUCUACCAAUUAUAUACAUAAUAAAUAUAUAUAUUUGAAAUUUUAAAAAAGUAUAUAGAUAUGGAAAUGAAAUUUUUGUCAUAGGUAUACAACUUUCCUUAUGGUCGCCCUUUCUUGAAUCGUAGCAUGACAAGUUGCAUCAUGUCUUGGACAGAGUUUGUUGUUUGCUUUUAUUUUCUUACGGUCUUCCUUCAUACUAAAGGGCAUCCCAUAAUGUGAGGCUGAGACCACAGUUGACACCCAUCCCUGCUGCUUCAGACGUGAUGUGGUUCUGACUCUGCUUUAUCCACAGUAGCGUACAGUAAGGACCACCUAAUGAGACAGCUAACUGGUGAAAGGGGCUCCUCAUCUUUUGCCUGUUAAUCACUCAGGGAUGGAAGUUUGGGGCACUAGCAUGGAGAGGUUGUUGGCUGUUGUUUUAAUAUUAUCCAUUUUGAUUCUUACCCCUGAGGACAAUUUAACACCACCACAGUCUGAAAAAUGUUUAAGGGCUAGUAAAAUUUCCAUCCCUGUGACACUGAUGAUGCUUCUCAGACCAGGCUGCACAAGGUCUGGUAUAGUGAAAGAAGGAUGUCAGGAGAGGGAAACAAAAUGGGCUUUUUAUCAACACCAGUGGAAAGGAAAGGUGCAAGAUAGUAGUAAUCUCUUUCAGAUAUCCUUUUCGCUGCAGAAGAAAAUCACUAUUAUAAGAUCCAAGUGUGUGAACCUGAACCCAAAUUAAGCAGAAACUGUUGAAAUAAAGCAGCUUUUACCUGGUGUAUAACCAACAAAAACUUGUCAUAUAUGGGCUUAAAUGAGCUAGACAUAAAGUAUAUGCCCUUCUGAAAUGCAGGAAAUGUGUUUAUCAGGCUGUGGGGAUGGGAAAGCCUCUGUAAGUCUUAAAGAAAAUUCAGUAUUUUACAACCUGGCUGUGUCUUGCAAUGUAGCUGCUUCUCUUUUCUCUACGAUUUACUUAGUGAGUGAAAUAUUAUCAUAAAUGGUGGCAGCCAGAACUAACACCCAGGUUGUAAAGAAAAAAUAAAAAUAAAACAACAACUGAAUUUUACUUUAACAAUACAAAAUCUGCAAUUGUACUCAUGAGUAGCUUCUGCUGGCAGUGAGAAUCAGUGAGUUUUAUUCACGCAACAAAAAGCAUUUUAUCCAUAGCUUUUCUCUAACGGAUGGCCAGGCAAUCUCUAUUACCACUAUAAACCUCUGUACAUCAGCAGCAUCCCGUCAGUAUGCCGAGGCAAUUUCAGUUGGCGAGAAGUUGUGUGCAUCUAUUUUUCUUUUCUUGUUUUGCUAACAGUUUGUAAAGCGGGUGGUGAAUAUAACGUUGUAUCGGGGUUGUAGGAAUAGCACUCACUGCCUCACUGUGACCUCACUGAUCAUUUUACUUCUGACUCCAGUGUUACAGUAUGUCUUCAGACUCAUUUGGACUUUUUGUGUUUAUUUUUUUCUAUUGUUUUCUCUUUAUUUUUUCCUUUCUUGAUUUGUUACCCUCGGACACUGUGGGUAGAUUUUGUAGCGUGUGGAACAUGAUUCUUAAAUCUUUCACUCAUUUGAGUUUUAGAGUGACAGAAAAAAGACAGAAAUAUAUAUAUAUAUCCUGUCCAUUCUAAACUUACUUAACACUUGUAAAAAUGAACAAACUAUGAAAAUUUGCUUUUUUUUUUAAUCACAAGCAAUGUAUAUAUGAUAGAUUUCAUAUAAAUUUUUGAAAAACAAAAAGUAUAUAGAUCUAUAUAUGAAUGUUUGGCAUAUAUGCAUAGUUAACCACCUGUGGAAAAGGUGAGCAGAUUUUAUUCUUUCUAUGAACUCUUGAACUUUUGAACUCUGAUCUAUGAACUAGGGGAUGAUUUGCACAAAACAAGGUGACAAGGUGCUAACAUAAAAGCCACCCAACGUCCAAGCGCAUGCGUGCAUCUGGAUUCGCUGAAUGUCUCUGUGUGGUCGUUCUUGUGUGCGUAACGUGUGUGUAUGACUGCGCGUGUGUGUGCAGGUUUCCAUUUCUUGUGUGUAUUUGGUUGAGAGAGAGACAAUAAGAAUACACGUGACAGUGGGUAUGGUUGAUUGUUAAGGUUUACAUCUUUGGAGUUAGUCCACUAUAGCCUUACUGUUUUACCAUCAGAGAUUCCCGGCAGUGGCUGUGUCACACAAACACACACACUCACACACAAUACUUACACACAAACAGAAAAAUGCAUGCAUACAUUCAUGAUCUAUUCCAGAUUGAUCACUGAUCUGCAUUCUUGUUUUGUACUGACGUCUUCAAAAAGUGGACUGCUCGGCCCAAGGGGCAGAGACAGACAGAGAGAGUGAGGUUACCACAGGGUAUUGAAAGAAACCAUCGUCAUGUUUUAUAUUGAAAGACAACUACAACUCACCUUUUAACUGUGUAGGUACAGCUUAUGCAGUGUCACUGUUUUGUAAACCCAUUCCCAGAUGGCAUCUGCGCUCUUUACCCUCCACUCUGUCUGGCAGCACUCCUUUUUCCUUUUUCAGACCUUCAGUUUCUGAGUUUUGGAUAUGCUAUAUGAGGUGAUUCAGUAAGGAACAAAGAACACAGAGAAAAAAUGUGCCAAAAAUAACUUAACUUUUAACUGUAUAUUUGUCUUUGCUUUAGGACUAUCUUAGUUACAGCAUUCUUGAGCUGUUAAAACUCAAUAAUAUGGUGCCAUCUCCUGGAAAUCUUGAGAACUACAGACAUUGCUAGAUCCUUCUGUAUUUCUGACAGGUGGAAAUACAGUCAGUUAUUAUUUUGUAAAAAAGGCUAUUGUUUAAAUUUAUAUAUAUGUGUGUAUACAUAUAUAUGUAUGUGUGUGUGUAUAUAUAUAUAUACACACACACACACACACAUAUAUGAAUAGCCUAUAUACAUCUACCUGUGAGCUUUGCAUUAACAUUUCUAUUUAAAUUUUGAGACAAAGUAUCACAAUUGCUUGAUUUUACUGUGAUGAAGGUUAUUAUCUACUACUGUUCCCAUAUAAAUACAAACACUUAUUAAGAGGUGAACGUGUUGUAGAAAACAGGUCAGAUAGGUGUGUAAGUUUACCACAAAUACAGAUGCAAAAUAAUGCUACAGAGCAAUGUGUAACAGACUUACACAUCAUUAGGUCAAAUAAGUUCAGUGAAGGGUUAUCUUUGUCUUAUUUUCUAAUCAACAAAGCACAAUCUACAUAGUGUAGGGGGAGCAGUGUAACUUUUUUAAAAACCCACUGGGGGGUCCGGUCACCCACUGGAACCAGUGAUCUUAUCAUCAAAGGGUUUUUUUUUUCAUUGUUGGUUUUCUCCUUGUUUGCACUGUGAAGUUUAGAACGGUGGAUGUAUCACUGCAACGCCUCAGCCUUGUCUCACAGGUUAGCUUCCCCUUCUCAACAUCCGAUUACCAGGCAAAUUUCUCCAACCUUUCUCCCAGUGACUUCUGGACGCUUAUAGCAUUAGAACACCUCCUCCAUUUUAAUAAGGUUAACCAGAAGCUACCUAGUAUUCUUCAUGCAAAUAGAGCAAGGGUGACAGCAGUGAAGGCUGAGGCAAGAUCUGAGAUGUUGCCCAGGAUAUCUCCACCACAAAGAUAUGUUUGUUAUAUUAUGUAAUAAAUUUAUAAUUAAAACAUGAA